AUGUUCUAUUUCACUAUCUUCUCUAUAUUAUCUUCAUAUCUAUCUAUCUAUCUAUCUAUCUAUCUAUCUAUCUAUCUAUCUAUCUAUCUAUCUAUCUAUGUUGAUUAUCGAUCUAUCUAUCUAUCUUUGUUGAUCAUCCCUUUAUCUAUCUAUCUAUCUAUCUAUCUAUCUAUCUAUCUAUCUAUCUAUCUAUCUAUCUAUCUCUUCUCUUCAUAUCUAUCUGUUUCAGUCUGCUUAUCUAUCUAUCUAUCUAUCUAUCUAUCUAUCUAUCUAUCUAUCUAUCUAUCUAUCUAUCUCAUUCCGUUCAUUUAUUUAUUUCAGUCUCUUCAUAGCUAUCUUUCUGUCUAUCUAUCUCACUCUCUCUACCUAUUUCAGUUUCUUCAUAUCAAUCUAUCUAUGUAUCGAUUUCAGUCUCUCCAUUUCUAUCUGUCUCACUCUGCUGAUCUAUCUAUCUAUCUAUCUAUCUAUCUAUCUAUCUAUCUAUCUAAUUCACUUCAUAUCUGUAAGAUUUAUUUAUCGCAUUCACUUCCCUUCAUAUCUAUCUGUCUAUAUUAUCUAAUUCAUUUCAUUUCAUAUCUAUCUAUCUAUCUAUCUAUCUAUCUAUCUAUCUCACUUCAUAUCUAUCUAUCUCUCUAUCUAUCUAUCUAUCUAAUUCACUUCAUAUCUAAUUCAUUUCAUUAUCUAUCUAUCUAA